AUGAGCUAUUACUACGGCAACUACUAUGGUGGCCUGGGCUAUGGCCUUGGUGGUCUGGGCUGGAACUACGGCUGUGGCUAUGGGUCCUUCCGAGGUCUGGGCUGCGGCUAUGGUGCUGGCUAUGGUGGCUAUGGAUAUGGCUGCUACCGCCCAUGUUACUAUGGAAGAUACUGGUCCUCUAGCUUCUACUGA